UUGGUCUUCGCUGUCACUCACCAUCACUUGGUCCUUGUCACUUGGCCCUUGCUGGCACCGUCCAAGCCCCAGGCUGGCCACUUCCGAAGCUCCCGACGCCAUGGAGGAGUGGGAUGUGCCUCAGAUGAAAAAAGAGGUAGAAAGCCUCAAGUACCAGCUGGCUUUCAAGAGGGAGAUGUCGUCCAAGACCAUCCCUGAGCUCCUCAAGUGGAUCGAGGAUGGGAUCCCCAAGGACCCGUUCCUGAACCCCGACCUGAUGAAGAACAACCCGUGGGUGGAGAAGGGCAAGUGCGCCAUCCUGUGAAGCAC